AUGCUUCAACCACGCCUUGAAAAUGAACAGUUUAAUUCAUUACCAAAUUUAUUGACAAGUGAACGAUCACGUACGGCAUUUAUUACAACUGAUCGUCCUGAUUCUUCACAACUUGUUGAUUUACAUGUUUAUAUUAUUCCAAAAAAAGUCUGGAAAGAUGUUCAACAUCUAGCAGAGAAUGAAGCGAUGGAAGAGGCUAUAUCAGCUGGUUUCGUUCAUGUAUCACCUAAUAUGAAAAUACGUGAUUUACGUGGAUCAAUUGAACAAUUAUGUGGAACAGAAAGUUAUUUUCCACGAGAGUUUAUUUUUCUUCGAUCAGUUGGAAGAUGUUUGACAAGAGUUAAACCAAGACAAGAAAGUGAAUUAAAAGUAAAAAAUUAUCGUCCACCACAGACAUUUGCACCGGAGAUCUAUUUACUUGAAGGUCGUCAUGAAGACUAUGCACAUAUUCCAUGUGCUUCACCAGCAUUAUCAUCAACUAGUUAUAUAUUUGGUAAUCGUAAUCAAAAUCAUUCGAAUUAUAAUGAUGAUAGACUAUCACCAACAAGAUUUGCUCAAAAUCAUAAUCGUAGACCAAUGCGUGGUGGAAAACAUUAUCCACCAGUCAUGAAUACGAAUGAUUCAUUAUAUCAUUUUCCUUCAUCAGAAAGACAAAGUUGGACGAAAUUUACACAAAUUGGUUCAGAUCACGACGAAUCAUCAACUCAGGACUUAUCGAAAUUGAAAGAAGAACAAGAACGUCUUCGUCGACGUCAAGCUGAACUUGAACGAAUGCGUCGAGCUGCUGAAGAAAAGAAAGCUCGAUCUGAACGUGAUGAAGGUGAACGUCGUCGUCAACAACAAGCUAAUACUGAACGAGAAGAAGAAGAACGUCGUUAUCGUCAAGACAAAGCUGAAACUGAACGUCGUCGUUUAGAACAAGAAAGAGCCGAAGCCGAACGUCGUCGUUUAGAACAAGAGAAAGCUGAAGCUACACGCCGUCGUUUAGAACAAGAGAAAGCUGAAGCUACACGUCGUCGUUUACAACAAGAAGAAGUAGCUGCAACGAAAAUUCAAGCAUCUUAUCGUGGUUUUAAAGAUCGUCAAGCAUUUAAAGAACGUAAACGAAGCUCACUUUCAGGUUACAUCGCACUUUAUUUAGCUUUGAUCAACAAACCAAUGAGUGUUAUUAAUGAUGAUUAUCGAAUAUUAUCAUCAAAAUCUCAUACAACAAAGAAAGAAAAAGUAAAAACGAAUAAGGAGAAAAUCGAUAUUGAUCAUGAUAAUCAUACUCAUGAUUUAUCUCACGGUACGAACAGGUUGGAUCUUGUAACAAAAGUUGAAAAAGAAAAUGAAACAUCAAUUAAAAAUCAAGCAACCUAUCAAAAUUUUCGUCGACGAUCUUUACUUACACCAACACCUGUAGAAAACAAACAUAGUCAAAUUCUAACACGAUCAUUAUCGAUCGGAUCGACAUCAAAUCUCGAUUCUUCCAAUACAACACAAGCAGAAACAUCACGAUUAAAACAAGAACAUACAGAAAGUAUUGAUUCGACUUCAUCAUCCGUAUUAUCAAUAAAAAAUCUAAGGAAAAGAAGUCAAUCAAAUUCAUCAACACAUUCAAAAACUCAAGAAACAGUUGAUACAGCACCAUUUAUUAUUGAUUCACCUGUACAUUCAUCAAAGAAAGAAAAUAAAUCCUAUGAUAAUGAGAUUAAUUCUCGAAAUGAAACUGCUUAUAAAUUACGACGGUCAUCAUCUGAAUCUUUACAAAGAAGUAUACCCGAAACUGAUCCUGAGCAUAAAAUGAUUAAUGAUGAAAUUGAAUCAGAACGACGUGAAACUGAAAAUAAACGACGUCGACAAUUGGAAGAUGAUGACCAAAAACGUAAAGCAAAAGAAUUAGAAGAACAACGACGAAGAGAAUUAGCUAAACGACAACGAGAAGAUCCUGAAACACUUCGUGCACGUCUUCAAGAAUUACGUGCUCGUCGUGCUGAUUUAGAAAAAAUUCGUGAAGAAGUUAUUAAACAUUUAAAAAAUAUACAUAAUCGAAUAACAUUACGACGUAAAGAAGCACGUGAUAUGUGGAAGAAAAAAUAUUUUUUUGAAAAGAAAAAAACUCCACCAUUAGAAGAACGUGUUAUAUUAUUAAAAAAUGAAUUAGAACAAAUACAUAAGAGAACAAUUCAAACUAUUGAUGGUGAAGCAAAACAUGCAAUGCAAAUAGGUUAUGCAAAAGAAGCUGAAAUUGGAAAUUAUCUUGUACAGGUAACACGUACUCAUCAUGAUAUUCAAGAUAUUCGUCAUCAAGUUGAACAAGCAAAACUACGAUUAACAACUGAUGUUAAAUUACGAAAUCAAGCUGAAAAUGAAUGUCGUUCAUUAAGACAUGAAUUGAAUCAAGCUAAAAUGAACUUAAAUCAUAUAAAGACUCGCGUUGGAGUUUAA